AGAGUAUGUGGGCUGUUUCAGGACUCAGUGGUCUUUGAGGACGUGGCUGUGAACUUCACCCCGGAGGAGUGGGCUUUGCUGGAUGCUGCUCAGAGGAAGCUCUACAGAGAUGUGAUGCUGGAGACCUGCAGGAACCUGGCCUCAGUGGAUUGUUGCACUCAAGUUAAAAGCAAUGGAUCGAGACCUCAGCAGGAUAUAUUGGAGAAUAAAAUAGCCAGUGAAGACAAAAUAGUAAGAUUCACAAGAUGUGAUUCCCAGUCUAUUUUUGGAGAAAAUUGGACGUUUCAUAACAUUGGAGGUCAGCACCAAACCCAGGAGAGGCGUGUGAGAAGUCAUAUGGUGGAGAGUCUGUGUGAAAGGAAAGAAGGUGAUCACUGUGGAGAAACCCUGGAGCAGACUACAAACCUUCCUGUGCACGAGAGGUGUCCAACUGGAGUGAAACCUGAUGAAUGCACGAAGUGUGGAAAAGCCUUCAUGGGUUGUUCUUUCCUGAAGAAUCAGCAAGGAUCUCACACUGAACACAAACCUCAUCCAUGUGCGGAAUGUGGGCAGCUCUGCAGUUGUGUCUCGUGCCUGAGCCCUCAUCUGGAAGCAGGCGUUGUAGAGAAACCCUAUGAACCCCAGGAUACUGGGAGACCAUCUAAGAGAAAUGUGAAAAGUCUCCAUAGUAAAAAAUCUUUUGAGUGUAAGCAAUGUGGAAAAGUUUACACCUGUGCCUCGUCUCUUUGGGGACAUCUGAGAAUUCACUCUGGACAGAAAACGCACAUAUGUAAGGUAUGUGGGAAAGCCUUUAUAUUCAACUCCUACCUUAUACAACACAUGAGGACACACACUGGAGAGAAACCCUACGAAUGUAAGGAAUGUGGGAAGGCUUUCAGCCGCCCCUCAUACUUUCGAGAACACGUGACAUUGCACACUGGAGAGAAACCCUACGCAUGUGAGUGCUGUGGGAAAGCGUUCCGUUGGUACUCAUACCUUCGAGCACACAUGAGGUUGCACAGUGGAGAGAAGCCCUAUGACUGUAAGCAGUGUGGGAAAGCCUUCAGGUAUCUGCACUGCCUUCAAGGACACAUGAGGAUGCACACUGGAGAAAAACCUUUUGUCUGUAAUCACUGUGGGAAAGCGUUCCGUUGUCCCCAAUACUGGAGAAAACAUGUGAAAAUGCACAGUGGAGUGAAACCCUAUGAAUGUACGGAAUGUGGCAAAGCCUUCGUUACUUCCUCAAACCUUCGGGAACACAAGAGAAUGCACAGUGAAGAGAAACCCUAUGAGUGUCAGCAGUGUGGGAAGGCCUUCAAGUACUUCUCGUCCCGGUGGAUACACGUGAGAACACACAGUGAGGAGAAGCCCUAUGAAUGUCAGGACUGUGGAAAAGCUUAUAAGCACCUUGUUUCCCUGCGGGGACAUGUGAGAACGCACGGUGGGGAGAAGCCCUAUACGUGUCAGCACUGUGGGAAAAGACUCGGUCAUAGCGCAUCCCUGCGAGUACACGUAAGAAGACACACUGGACAGAAACUCUCAAUAUAAAGAUCUAUAUUUUGUUAUCUCGGACUAUAAAUAAUUGUACACUUAUAUAGAACUUGUCUCCUUUCUAGUACAACAUGUUUUGUACCCAGGGGUAAUAAGUGGUUAUUGUUUUUUGUUUUUU